AUGGCGGCCUGUGAUUUUGUGACUGAUGCCAACAUCUCGCCCGGCCUUGAGAGCAACGCCACGGGCAUCACGGCCUUCUCCAUGCCCGGCUGGCAGCUGGCGCUGUGGGCCACCGCCUACCUGGCCCUGGUGUUGGUGGCCGUGACGGGCAAUGCCACGGUCAUCUGGAUCAUCCUGGCCCACCAGAGGAUGCGCACAGUCACCAAUUAUUUCAUUGUCAACCUGGCCCUGGCUGACCUCUGCAUGGCCGCCUUCAAUGCCGCCUUCAAUUUCGUCUACGCCAGCCACAACAUCUGGUACUUCGGCCGUGCCUUCUGCCACUUCCAGAACCUCUUCCCCAUCGCGGCCAUGUUCGUCAGCAUCUACUCCAUGACCGCCAUCGCCACUGACAGGUACGUGGCCAUCGUCCACCCCUUCCAGCCGCGGCUCUCAGCCCGCGGCACCAGAGCGGUUAUUGCAGGCAUCUGGCUGCUGGCCCUGGCCCUCGCCUUCCCCCAGUGCUUCUACUCCACCAUCACCACGGACCAGGGCGCCACCAAGUGUGCGGUGGUCUGGCCCGAAGACAAUGGCGGCAAGAUGCUCCUUUUGUACCACCUCAUGGUGAUCGCCCUCAUCUACGUGCUGCCUCUCGUGGUGAUGCUCUUCGCCUACAGUGUCAUCGGCCUCACGCUCUGGAGACGCGAGGUCCCCAGGCACCAGACGCACGGCGCCAGCCUGCGCCACCUGCAGGCCAAGAAGAAGUUUGUGAAGACCAUGGUGCUGGUGGUGGUGACCUUUGCCGUCUGCUGGCUGCCCUACCACUUCUACUUCAUCCUGGGCAGCUUCCAGGAGGACAUCUACUACCACAAGUUCAUCCAGCAGGUCUACCUGGCGCUCUUCUGGCUGGCCAUGAGCUCCACCAUGUACAAUCCCAUCAUCUACUGCUGCCUCAACCACAGGUUUCGCUCUGGAUUCCGGCUUGCUUUCCGUUGCUGCCCAUGGGUCACGGCGACGGAGGAGGAUAAGAUUGAGCUGACUCACACUCCAUCCCUCUCUGUGAAGGUCAACAGGUGUCACACUAAAGAGACUUUUUUCAUGGCUGGGGACACAGCCCCCUCCGAGGCUACCAACGGGCCGGCCGGGGGCCCCCAAGACGGGCUGCCUACUGAACCCUGA